GAGGGGAAAGACAGGGUGAUACGUGGCAACGCUGACAUGUGGGGUCUACGUGGGUCCCACGUUGAUUCAGCUGCUACGUAGGACAAAACUGGGUCAAAACCACCAAAGGACCAAAUUGAGCGACAUCCUGUAUCUGGUUUUGCGGUUGGGGGAUGAUUUUGUAACUCGAUGACAAGUUGAGGGACCUUCGGUGUACUUUUUCCUAUGAUCCGCUCUCAAUUGAGCCCAGCCUAGCCCAGCUCCUAGCCCAGUAAGGCCCAUCAGUUCCUUCCAGAAUUCCGACCCAGAGCCGUCUUCUCCUCCUCGAUGGCUUCGAUCGAUCGAUCACCAUCCUGUACUAAUACCCCCCGGCCUCACAGGUCAUACUCCUCACCCCGCCACCAUGGCCGCCGUAGCGCCUCCUCCCGACGGCCUAGACCCGCCGCCGGCGACGCCCCCCACCGCCGCCGCGGGCACCCCGCCGCUCGCCGUCCCCGCCACCAACACGCCGCCGAACCCCGCGACGACUCCCACCCCACUCACGCCAAACCCUAACCCUAGCCCGACGCUGCCCCCGCCCCCGAUGUCCACCCCUCCGGUGGUCGCGCCGCCGAUGCACUCCUUCGCCCCCUCGUUCCGCCCGCUCGGCGCCCCGCCCCCGCCCCCGCCACCGCAGCAGGUGCAGGUGCAGGUGCCGCCGCAGUACGGCGGCGUGCCGAACCCGGGGUACCCGAUGGCGCAGCAGAUGCAGCCGCCGGGGGUCCCCCACGUGAUGCCGCCGGGCGCCGUGCGGCCGCCCGCCAUGUACGCGCCCCAGCCUGGCGUGUACCUCCAGCAGCCAGGCGCUGCUCUUCCUCCCGGUAUGCCUCGCUACCCUGGACCAUACCCUAUGAUGCGCCCUGGCUUUCCGCCACGCCCGAUGCCUCCAGUUGGUGUUAUGCCGCUUCAACGACCACCAAUUAUUCCUGGGAUUCGUGGUGCACCUCCUGUGGUUCCCCCUACUGCCCGACCACCUACUCCAGCUGUUACACCUCCUGACAAACCGCCAACUGCAGUUUAUGUUGGCAAGAUUGCUCCAACAGUGGACAAUGAAUUUCUCCUUUCACUUCUCCGUCUUUGUGGCCCUGUCAAGAGUUGGAAGCGUACGCAGAAUCCAAGUAGUGGAAAGCCUGUAUCAUUUGGCUUUUGUGAGUUCGAAUCUGCCGAAGGCAUCCUUCGUGCAACGCGGCUGCUCAAUAAAUUGAGCAUUGAUGGACAAGAACUUGUGGUUAACAUUAAUGAUGCCACCAAAGAGUACCUGAAGAAACAUGUUGAAGAAAAGAAGAAAGCACAAGAAAAGACCAAAGAAAUGGAAGAUGGAGGUGGUAGUGGGACUACUGCUGUCACUGGAAAUGAAUUGUCAAAGCCUGUUUCUGAUGAAACAGAGACAGGGACAGGAGAUGCUGGUGAUAAGGGCAAUGAAGAAAAUCCUAAGAAAUUUGGGAUUGUUACAGAGGAAGAUUCUAAGGCUGAUAAGGAUGUUGCUGAAAAAAUUAGUAGUAUGAUUGAAGAGUGGUUAAAGACUAGACCACCACCGCCACCUCCCCCAGUUGAACAAUCUGCUGACAUCUCUUCCAAACACAAGAAUGGAGAGUAUAGUGUAGAUGUGACAAAAAAUGAUUCUGAAGAUAAGAGUGGCACUGGAAGUGAUAAAAGGGCAGUUAAUGAGACCGAAAGGAUAGAAACUGGGUCUCCUGAUAAGAGGAAGGAGAGAGAGCGUGAUAAGGAGAAGCGGGACAAGGAUAAAGAACUUGAAAGGCAUGAACGCGAGCGAGAGCGAGAAAGAGUCAGGAGAGACAGAGAGAAGGAUAUUAAGUAUAAAGAAGUGGAGAGGUUGUACAAGGAGCGCCUCAAGGAGUGGGAAUUUAGAGAGAGAGAAAAAGAAUAUCAAAGACAACAUGAGAAGGAACGAGAAAAGGACAGGGAACGUGAGCGCAAAAGGGAGAUCAUGAAGCAGGAAGAUGAUAGUGAUGAAGAGGACAAUAGGAAAAGACGACGAAGGAGCAGUGGCACACUUGAAGAGCGGAAAAGGAGGCGGCUGCGUGAAAAGGAGGAAGACUUAGCAGACAAAUUAAGGGAGGAGGAAGAAAUUGCUGAAGCAAGGAGGCGAGCUGUAGAGUUGCAACAACAAGCGGAUGAAGCGGCUGCAGCGGCAGCGGCAGCGGCAGUGGUGGCAGAAUCUGCUACAGUUAUGGAGGUUGAUGGCGAUGAUGGAAAGGAAAGAGAUGCACAAGACAAACCAGCUGUUGUGGAUGUUGGUAACAAUGAUGCCUUUGCUAAUGGUGUUGAUUCCGGUGUUAAUAAUGGUAAAGAUAACAUUGGUGAUGACAAAAACAUGACACCUGGUGAAAUUUCGGAUACCAAGCAUAAUACCAGUGCUCCAGCAAAGAAACUUGGUUUUGGUCUGAUUGGCUCUGGCAAGCGGACAUCUGUACCUUCAGUUUUUGCUGAAGAGGAUGACGAAGAUAAUGAUGAUAAGCGGGCAAGACCUUUAGUUCCUAUUGAUUACUCAACAGAGGAACUGCAAGCUGUUCAGGCCAAUUCUUCUACUGGCCAACCAAAUAUUGUAGCAGCUGCUGAAUUUGCCAAGCGCAUAUUGGUAACAAAGGAUGAUAAAUCUGAUGUUGAGAAGGAUAGGAGUUGGAGAUCAAGUGAUAGAACGAACCAAAGGGAUAGAGAUAGAAAUGAUCAAGAUGUUGGUCGCACCAGUGAUGAGAGAAGGGAAAAGACACAUGACCGAGAGAAAGAUAAGCAAGAUAAGCCAAAGUCUGAGAACAAGAAUAUUUUGGAUGCAAAACAAUUAAUUGACAUGAUUCCGAGGACAAAGGAAGAGCUUUUUGCCUAUGAUAUUAAUUGGGCGAUAUAUGACAAGCAUGAGUUGCAUGAGAGAAUGAGGCCCUGGAUUGCAAAGAAGAUUAUUGAAUUUCUGGGUGAGGAAGAAUCAACUUUGGUGGAUUACAUCGUCUCAUGCACCAAAGACCAUGUCCAGGCAUCAAAAAUGUUGGAGCUUCUACAGUCAAUCCUGGACGUUGAAGCUGAAAUGUUUGUCCUUAAGAUGUGGAGGAUGCUUAUAUUUGAGAUCAAGAAAGUCGAAACAGGACUAUCAGGGAGAGCAAAGGCAUGAUGUUGAGCGAUUGCUGUUAUUGCAUUUUGAUUUACUAGUUCCACUGCCAGCUCGCUUGCAGGCUAAUAGUGUAAGAAUACUCAGCAUCUAAAUACAUCGAUCUUGACUCCGGAUUUUUCAAAAAGAUUAAGAGGUUGAAUUAAUGUUUAUCAUUCGUUCUGUUGUAUACAUGAACCGAUAAUAAUUGCUUCUUGUAACUUUUGAGCUCAUUUGGUUCGACUAUUAACAUCUCACAUUGGUCCUGUCA